AUGGUAUUUGCAUUAAAAAUUUGGCGCCAUUGUCGGUAUGGGGUCCAUGUGGGUAUAGUCAGGGACCAUAAGAGCCUUCAAUAUAUUUUCAAACAUAAGGAAUUUAAUUUGAGGAAGAGAAGAUGGCUGGAGUUACUCAAAGAUUACGACAUCGAUAUUCUAUAUCACCAGGGAAAAGCCAAUGUCGUGGCAGAUGCUCUUAGCCGGAAAUCUAGUUUGGCUCACUUGGAGGCACAUCAAAGGCCGUUGGCCAAGGAGGUUCAUCGGUUGGCUAGCUUGGGAGUUCGUCUUGCGGACUCUAGUGAAGGCAGGGCAAUUGUGCAAAAUAGGGCUGAUUCAUUGCUUGUGGUGGAGGUCAAAGAGAAGCAAUACGACAAUCCAUUGUUGGUACAGGGUAAGGAGGGGAUUCAUAGACAUAAGACCACAACUUUUUCUCUUGGCAUGGAUGAUGGUACACUACGGUACCAAGGAAGACUAUGUGCUCCAAAUAUAGACGGUCUUCGGGAAAGAAUCACGGCUGAAGCUCACACUUCUAGUUAUUCUGUAAACCCAGGUCUCCCCAAUGAAAGGUAUAAUGCGGUUUGGAAAGAACGGGAAAUUAAGUCCGAGAAAGUAGUCAGAAAUUCGUCGCUUAUCGUACCAGUUGAGACUAUUGAGGCUAAUGAAGAACUGUCGUAUGAAGAAAUUCCAGUUGCCAUUCUUGAUAGGCAAGUCCGGAAGUUGAGGAAUAAAGAAAUUGUCUCCGUGAAAGUGCUAUGGCGAAACCAGCAGGUGAUGUUAAAGGUGGAUAGGCCCAAUUACAAGGGAAACUCUACCGAAAUUUCUGGAAAAUUUGAGAGAUAG